UUUUUGUUUUCACAAUCAAAUUAAAUUACUUUUGUGGUUUGUUAAACGAUCCCAAGAAUAAUCACCUUUUAAAAGUUUAAACCUUUUUCUUUUUUGUUUAGGGAAUGUUGAAGAAUUUUAAACCUUGAUCUUUUGUAUAAAUGGAGGGGAUAUGACCUGUUUAGAAAUACCAAUGAAUUUAGCCAAUUCCAAUUGAUGAAAAAUACUAAGAGUGUCAUUCAAAAAAUGGUUUGAGUGUGCAGUUCAUGAAGUAAAACUCAAGCCAUAAAAUAUAAUGUUGUCUAGCACAUGAUCACGGUUUUCUUCCCUGUUCUAGGAAUUCACUCAUUUGGUCAUGUUGGUUGUGGUAUCUGAGAUAUUUGUUUGCAAGUGAGGAUUGGUUUGAAUAUGGUAGUCUUCUUCUUUUACUUUAUUUGGUGAUGGUUGGUGAGGAAAAGUAAAAUAAGUGUUGGAAAAGAAACCACAAAGGAUUUCUUUACUAUACUCUCAGCUUGAAUUAAAAGCCUAACUACUAGUAGUUGGUUGGUGCAUUCUAAGAAUGGCCAUGGCUGUGGUGGAGAGCAUUGAGAAUCUAGUAUCUGCUAGGCAGUUGUUGCAGACUAGCUUGGAGAAAUCAAGAACUCAUGCUUCUGCACUAGACAAAAUGGGGCCUAGAUUGGAAGAGAUUAACCAAAGAUUGCCAUCUUUGGAAGCAGCAGCAAGAUCCAUCUCAAUACAACAAUGUGCGUUUUCCAGAAUUAGAGACCAUGUUGAUCGUGCUAUAGGACCUGCUGUUGCAGUUCUGAAGGUCUUUGAUACUGCUCGUGAGCUUGAGAAUUCACUCUUGUCUGACCCUUGUUCUGAUCUCUUUGAUUACCUCUCAGUCAUGAAUCUUCUUGAAGAAGCAUUGAAAUUUCUUUCUGACAAUUGUGAGCUAGCAAUGAAGUGGUUGGAGGGCAUCUUUGAAUGCGUGGAGGACAAUGCAGUCACCAAUGAUUGGUGCCUCUUGAAUGUGAAGAAAUCUUUGAGAAUUCUACAGGAGCUGCAAGUCUAUGAGGAGCGUGCCCAUCUUGAAGGAGGGUCUCUCAGUGCUGCAUUUAGAAAGAUAGAAAUUGAAUUCAAGCGGCUUCUGCUAGAAAACAGUGUUCCUCUUGUUUUGGAUUCCCUAGCAACAUCCGCUGCAGAGCAAGCCUCCGUUUUUGCUUCAUCAUCUUGGCCUGUGCCUGUCGUACAGAAGUUGCAGGCUAUUGUUCAAAGAUUAAAUUCUGAUAACCAGCUUGAGUCCUGUAUGUCUGUAUAUGUUGAUGUGCGAAGUUCAAAUGCUAAACAAAGUUUACAAGCUCUUGGUUUGGAUUACCUUGAGAUGUCAAUCACAAAAUUUGAUGAUGUGCGGAGCAUAGAGGGGUACAUAGACCAAUGGAGUAAGCAUUUGGUGUUGGCAGUGAAGCACGUAUUUGAGCUUGAGCAUAGACUCUGCAAUGAUAUCUUCGAGAAGAUAGGAUCAGAAGUUGCAAUGGGAUGCUUCUCAAAAAUUGCUUCUCAAUCUGGAAUCCUUGCUUUUCUCCAAUUUGGGAAACGUGUGGCUGAAAGUAAAAAGGAUCCCAUCAAGCUCUUGAAGCUGUUAGACAUGUUUGCUUCUUUGAACAAUCUGAGAUUUGAUUUCAAUCGGCUUUUUGGUGGAGAAGGCUGCAUCAAAAUAAAGAAUCAGACAAGAGAUCUCAUAAAAAAGAUUGUUGAUGGCGCCUGUGAGAUUUUCUGGGAACUUCCUCUUCAAGUGGAAUUGCAGAGGCGAAGUUCUCCUCCUUCAGAUGGCAGUGUUCCAAAGCUGAUAAGCUUUGUAACUUUCUACUGUAACCAGCUGCUUGGCGAUGAUUAUAGGCCAAUCUUGACACAGGUUCUUGUAAUCCAUCAGAGUUGGAAACAAGAGAAGUACCAAGAGGGUCUUAUUCCCAACCAAGUUCAUGAUAUAAUGAAAGAAAUUGGGCUAAAUUUGGAUGGAUGGUCAAAGGCCUAUGAGGAUAUCUCCUUGUCCUACCUCUUCAUGAUGAAUAAUCACUGCCAUUUUUGCUAUCUGAAAGGCACAAAGCUUGGGGAUAUGAUGGGAGAUUCUUGGUUAACAGCACAUGAGCAGUACAGAGACUUUUAUGCAGUACUCUACUUGAAGAAGAGCUGGCAAAGGCUUCUGGCACCUUUAAGCCAAAAGGGUCUAACUUCAUUGUCUGGUGAAGAUUUGGUUGAGAGGCUAACUACAUUCAACGAGGCUUUUGAUGAUUGUUAUAAGAAGCAAUCCAACUGGGUUAUCUGCAAUGAAAUCUUGAGGGAGAAAGUAUGUAAAAAUCUAGUGCAAGCUAUUAUACCUGUUUAUAUGUGUUACCUGCAAAACUUCAGUCUUUUGGUCGAACAAGAUGCUAAUGCGGGCAAGUAUGUGAAAUACAGCGUGCAAAAUUUAGAGAAAAUGCUAAGCUCUCUGUUCCAGCCAAACCUAACUAGUCUUGGGGUUACUAAACAAGGACUCUUGCUUGGUAAUGUGAAAUCCACCGGACGGGGUAUGGAGAAUAUGGUCAGCUCUCUGUUCCAGCAAAAGUUAAGGAGGUACGGCAGUAUCAAACAAGCACAUUGGAUUGGUAAAAUAAAAAAUUUUGUGACCAACCAAUUCCGCUUGACACUUACCGCAAUUUGAUAGUAUGCCAUUGUCAAGAGGCAAAAGAACAGCUUUCCCUAAGCAUACUGCGUGGGAACACUAAUUAAUUUCUUUUUAUCUUGAUGUUUAUAAGAUGUCUUCUGCAGUACCUAGUUUGCUUGUAGGUGUAGCCUUCUACAAAUUGUCAAAGUAAUACAUUGCCUUAUUUUUCAAAGUACC